AUGUCCUCGAGUCCUCCUAUGUCGAUCCACACAUCGCGAUCGAGCUCUGUUUUCCGUUUAGGGAAUUUGUUAUCUGCCUACUGCCACUACCAGACAACGUACGAGAUUCUGAGCGCCGAAGAGGCCCAGCGGAAGGCCACGAAGGCGCUGAUGAAUGAGCUGGCAGUAUCUGGCCGAAGCAGGGUGUACUCCAUUCAAAAGGUUCAUCACGACAGCCAGGUCGCCUUCAUGGCGGCCAUGGUUAGCAGUGGGGAUGUUGAAGCAGCUGGGACAGCACUGAAGAACUACGGCGCAGUUCUCAUCAACACGACCGGGCACGUGGUGGGCGCUGAUGAGUUCAAGGAACUGGCUGUCGCUGCAUGGCAGGCGGUUGGCCAACCUAGGCACGACGGCCUCAGCUCGGUCAACCGAGCGGAGCUGUUCGACGGCAUCUACGACGAUGCCUGUCCCACCGCACAGACGGUCCCUGGCGUUUCAGAUGCCUGCAUGCUGAACGCCAUCCGGCACGGGCAGCCCGGGGUGCGUGAUACCGGGCAGACCCUGGAGCCAUUUCUCUUGCUGCCCGUCACCAACCUCAUUCCGGAUGUUUUGUUCGUCAUGAUAACGUUGAGGGUCGUCUACACCAACAUCAAGGAGAUGAUACCCGCGAUAAUGGCUGGCCUGGACGGCUUCAUGAACUACUGGAGCUUCUGGAAGGUUCUGGAGUGGAUUUCCCUGAUUUUCGGCGGCGUCUGCUUCGGGAUGUGGGUGACGGUCUUCUUUAAGAUUACCAUCGACCUCCCUGCGGCCCUGGAGACGCUGCCCAAAGGAGAAUUCGAUCGGCAAGUCCGGCUGAAGGGGGCUUUGGAGGAAAAGAAACUGGCCUACUUGACCUUCCAGGAACUUGAGGCCAUAAUGAGUCUCGGCGAAAUUGAAGAGAAGCUCAAUGUCAUCAUGACAAUUGGAAACUCCAUCCGCGACGACUCCGAGCUCAUGCGGAAUAUGUUCGCCUUGAACUUUAUGGUCGUGGUCUUUCGCUUCUUCAAGUCCUUUCAGGCCAACCCUUGGCUGGACAUCGUGGUUCAGACUUUGGUGCACUGCACGCCCAAUGUGGCACACUUUUUCCUGGUCUUCUCGGCCGUCUUCACGUGCUAUGCCUUCGCGGGCCACUUCCUGCUGGGGAAUGUCUUGAAAGGCUACUCAAAUGCUCCGUCCGCCUUGUUCUCGCGCUAUCGGUCGAGCGUGGGCGCGGCAGAAUUACAGGAGCUACCAAUCGCCCAGCAGGUCUUGGGCUACACCUGGGUGCUGUCAUACCAACUCCUGGUGGGCUCACUCAUCUUGAGCAUGCUGAUUGGAAUCGUUUUUGGCUCCUACUACGCGGUGCAGUCGGCGACCCGCAAACCUAUGACUCUGUGGACGCAGGUGCGGAAGGCAUUUCAAACAGCGGCAGAGACCCGCAGUUACCUAAGCCUCUGGAGCUUGAUUGUGCUAAUGGAGGAUGAUGACUACCCAGCCCAUCCCAACAAGAUCGCCACGUCGCAGUCUUUGAAGAAGGCCUUUGAGAAGGAAAAGAUGUCACGGCAGAACGCCGAGUACUUGAUUCGCAAGAGCGUGGAGUUCCUCAAGGACCGAACUGACAAUCCCGAGUUGGAUCUUCCGGAUGCGGUGAAGAUCAUAGGUAACAGUCACAACCUUUGCCAGAAGCAUGAGGAGUUUCUUCAACAGUCCCACAGCAUUCUCUGCGACAACCUGGGCAAAAGUCCGGGCGAAGAAGGUAUGCCAGGGCCGGUCGGCCUUGUGCAGCGACCCGAGGAACCUCCUGCAGAGGUGACAGCGACGGAAGAUCAGCUUCCGGCGGACUUGCUGCAGAGAGGCUUGGAAAACCUCAUCUCCAUGUUCAACGACAUGAAGCAUUCCCAAGAGGGCAGCCGUGAAAAGCUCCUCCAUUGCUUGGCACAGGAGCGCCAGCAGGCAGCCAUGCGACGCCAUCGGCUCCAGGGCAUCGUGGAGGAGUUCCGUUCCAGGGUCCAGCGCGCUCAGCGUGGAGUGGUGCGGCUCGUUCACUUUAUGGGUACGGCCGACUUUGGUAGCAUUGCACAUGUGCCAGACCAGAUCGAAAACGAUGUGAUGCGCUGCUUCGGUUCGCGGCCAGCGCUGGCGCGAGAGCAGCUGCAGCCAAGCGAGGUUUUGAAGCUGGAGCGGGAAUGCCGGCAGAUUCAGGAGAAGUUUGCUGAGCUGCUGACCGAGUUUUCCAGCCUUGUGGAAUGCCAGCCGACAGUUUGGAACAUUGCCACAAGCAGUCGUCGCCUCGUGACAAACACGUAG